GUGAGACAAUUUAUUUGGACUUAACACUUCUGAGGGUUAAGAACUAACAGUGAACAUGUUUUUCAUACUUGUGGUGACCGCAGUGGUUUUGUUGUGCACAUAUGAGUUGAUGCGUCGGCGCAGUCGGAAUUGGAAGUUGCUAAGUCAGUAUCCUGGUGACUAUCCACUACCGAUCGUGGGGAAUGGCUUCCAAUUGGGAUUCGAUGCUGACGAUUCUUCCCACAAGUUAAUGGAAAUAUGGAAGAAGCACGGAAGAACCAACUUCCGAAUGACAGUGGGAUCUGAAGAAUGGGUGCUUCUGUCAAAUCCUGAUGAUAUUGCGACUAUUCUUAAUCACCCAACGGAACUGGGAAAGCAAGUUGAAAGAAACACAGCAAUGGCACCGUUCUUUGGAAAUUCCGUCUCAACUUCAGAAGGUGAACGUUGGAAAACAAUACGCAAGAUGAUGGCACCAAGUUUCCACUUCAAAACCCAAGAGAAGAGGGUAGAGCACGUAAAUAAAUACUGCGACAGCUUGUUCAAGGUUUUAGACGAUCACGACGGUACUGUGGUCGAUAUGUACCGCUAUCUGAGACCGUAUAUGUUCGAUAUUUUGUGCAAUUCACUUAUGGGUGUCGAUUCGGAUCUUCUUUCGACCCCGGACCAUCCUUACUUAAAAGCCAGUGCAAAAGUGGUUAAUAUCAUAACACAGAACUUUUUCUCGUAUUGGAGAAACAUCAAGUUUAUUUUCCAAUUAACACCAUUUUACAAGGAAAUGACGGAAACCAUAAAAACCAUUCGAGACACAAGCACUAUCAUAAUUGCCGAGAGGAAGAAGGAGCUUAAAAAAAUAAUUGACGACACUAAAAAUAACAAUAGAAACGUUGAUGUUGACUUGGAAGUGAUAUUGGGGAACAAAGUGUCUGAUGAUAUGUGUCUUUUGGAUAAAUUUCUUUUGAGCAAAAUUUAUAAUGGAGAGCCAUUGCCUGAAGACAUGAUUAAUGACGAAAUAACGCUUGUUUCUUGGACUGGUCACUACACGACAACAAUGACGAUGGCACACACCUUAUACUCCAUAGCCAAGUACCCAGAGGUCCAGAAGAGAAUUUUAGAAGAACAACAAUCUAUUUAUAAUAAGGACUUUACCAAAAAACCAACCAAUACCGAAUUGACAGACAUGAAAUAUCUCGAGGCAACCAUUAAAGAAAGUAUUAGAACGAUUCCCACUGUGACGAAAAUUGGAAGGCAACUCAAAAAUGAUUUAGAAUUUAAAGAUGGUAGAAAGGUACCAGCCGACACAACCGUUAUAGUAUUUUAUGAAGCCGUAUAUCAAGACCCGAAGACGUUCCAUGAACCGGAGAAAUUUAAUCCUGAUAGAUUCUUCGAACCAAUGCACAAUCAUGCUUUCGUUCCGUUCAGUGCUGGACCAAGGAAUUGCUUAGGUUUCCGGUUCGCGUGGGUGGCAAUGAAGGCUACAAUAUCAAAUAUUAUCAGGAGGUACGAGCUCUCCCUUGGCGGUCCCGGAACAGAACCACAAUUCGCAUACAGAAUAGUAACAGAGUCCAAAAAUGGUUUACAGCUUAGACUAAAGAAACGAACAUCCAUAGACUAACCUAAAAAAACCUUCUGACCAAGUCAAUAUGUGAUGGUUAAAUAGGCUUUUUGGUAUAACAUGGAGUUAAUUAAGGUUCAGUUCCAGUUGCGUUUGAUAACUAGAUUAGUAAUUUAUACAUAUCUAUAACUGCAAAUAGUUACAUAACAUACCUAUAAAAUGUUGGCAAAUAAAUAAUCGUAAUUUAUAAGUUAAAUUCCCAAAGAGGAGUUUAUAAUUGUUUGGCAGAGAUUAAACUUACGUUACUUACUUACUUAGAGAAAUUUACGUUAUUUGUUACUAUUUUUGUAUAGUACGGAGAAUUUAGGGAUUCUUUCGCAAUCUUUAAGUAUUGAUUUCCGUAAUAAUAACCGGCAGGUAAUAGAUAUACUCAGAAAUCACACGAUCGCAACUCGUGACAAUUGACCAAUUAAAUUUCACCGACUUAACUGUAAGAUCUUAAACAAGCCCUUAUAUUAGCUUCAUAGUGCUGACUUCACUUGCCAAUUUUAUUAUUACUUUUAAUUAACCCCCUAAAAUCCUAUUUUUUCAUAAAUUAAAUGCCAACAUUUUAGGGUUUAAUCUCAGCGGUUAUAAAUCAUGAUUAGUAUUAUUUAUUAUAUGUUUUCCUUAUUACGUAACCUUUGCACCUAAGAGUAGUGCAAGUUGAGUUAGACAUGUAUUAUUAAACGAAUAAUUGCGUCACGGAGACGACACAAACAAAUAUUAUAUAAGCAGAGAAAAGGUUUGCAAAUGUGAUUGUAUUAAACUAGUUUUAUAAAUAAAUCUUAUAGUAGAUUUUGAUUUGUUAUAAUUGAUUCAUUUUACUAUGAAAUAUUGAGGAAGUAUUAUUUUAAAUUUGUAAUACCAUUGAAUUAAUUAAUCGUUGUAUUGUUUGCGAAAAUUAUAUUAAGGAAAUUCCUUUUAACAUUUAGUUUAGUUAUCGCAUAAAUAUUCAAAGGCUUGUGAUACAUAAAAUAUAUUUCUUUAUAAUUAAGAUGUAU